AUGCACUCUAAGGAGUAUGAGAGUGACUUUGACAGGUCAUUCCAGAUACAGCCUUGUCCUGUUGGAGAACCUGUGGCUUCCUGCAGCGCACCAAUCAGGAGACCAAAGAGAACAGCCUUGGAUGCAGGAUGCGAGACCCCCAGCAAAGUGUAUAUUACAGAGGAGAAGAUGAUGGCCAGCAUGCAAGAGUUGAGCCUUAAUCACUCAGAGUCUUCAGACAAGGCCCUUGUUCACAACAGCAACAACACGACCACCUCCACCACGGCAUUAACUCCCAUGCAGUCCUCAGUGGAAAGAAGCUGGCAGAAGUUCAGGGAACUCGAAGACAUGCUGGCCGAUGAACAAAUAGAUACAGAGCUUACAGAAGUGAAAAACACAGGGUUCAAAGUUCACAUAAACACCUCCGUGGCCAAUAGUAUCAUCUGUUCCAGCAUACCAAAGGCAGUUCUGGAGAAUAUAAACAAGCCCUGUUUACAAGUGGUUUUAUGGAAACCCCCUGUGGAUAAACUCCGUGAAAUUGUGUCUGAAAAUGUCCACAAGAAUCGCCAGAAAAACAACAGUUCAAAGCAGAAAUCAUCAGGCCAAUCAGGCAUGAGGAGCCCAACGUCCAGAACCUCCACCGCCACCCCAACAUGUGCUAUAGACAACAGGCAACAGCCAGACGUGACUGCUCUGAGCUCAAUGGACUGUGAAGAGGAGGACUCCGCCAUGGAGUUAUGACGACAACAACAACAAGGUUUCAACAUCUAUAGGGCACUUAAAUUGUUUACAAGAUGCAGAUUGCGUCAUUUUGUCCGAAGUAUUCAUUCACUCAUUAAGAUUGCCGCACUGGCAGACUGCAGAACAGUCUUCAUUCUGUUCCUGGACUUAAGGAAACCGUUAAAUCACACAUUUUAGGGUUGUUAAGGAAAGCUUACAAAUUUACAUGUUGUGUACCUGUGAGAGAUCCAUGCAGUGUGACUGUAGAGAGGUCCAAAUAGGUCAGACUGAGAACAUAAGCGAAUCAUGUAAACUACCAGGAAUUUAAUCAUGAUCUGCGCAUUUUUAGAUGAAAUCAUGAUGUGCUAUUACUGAAAGCUAGCUCUGAUAGAGUUUAGAAUUUUCCAGUAAGUUUACAGGCUGUAAAUGAUGUGCCCUAAAAUUGCCCUCAAAAUGACGGAAGUGCUGAACUUACUGGUUUGUAAUUUUAGAAUCAAGUCAAGAACAAAGUGUCCUUUCUCAUACUUGAAAUCUUUGAAAGUCAUUGAAAAUGAGUUUAUUUUGGAAUUAGUGCUAGAUAGUUUUUGACUUUUAAAUGUUAAAUUUCAUAUUACAUUAAAUUCAAAAGAGACUCGUUAAAUGAGUAACCAAAAUGGUAUCUGUUAUCUCCGCAUGAAGACGAAGACUUAAAAUAAAUGGCCAUUGAAAGUGCUGCAAACAAGAAAUUUCAGGUCCUUGAAACUCGUUGAAAUAUAUUUUCUUUUAUGUUUGGUAACCACCCUAUACAACUUUCUGUCUCCUGUUUGGAGAUGUGCUUCUUAUCAUCUGAUGGCCAUCUUUACAUUCCACUGCUGUUUCAUUCAGAAUUGUCAGCCUGUAUACAUUUUUGCACGACUUAAUGCCAUGUCAGCCAUUUUGAUUCUUGUAUGCAAAGAUAUUUUGCACGAAGUUGAUUUGUUUUCUUGACUGAUUGUUGUUGAGAACUAGAUGUAUAACAAAUGCGUUUAGAGCUUAGAGUUUUUGAACCCUGUUAGAGACAAAAUACAUGCCAAUAAAACUCAAAUAUUCGUCGAGAACUUUACACCUGAUCUCAAGUAUCAUUACUAGGCCUACUGAUACAGAACUCCGUAAAGCCAUUUUCGUAUACUUUUUUUUGGGGAAAUCAUAAAUGACAUUGUCUUUGUUAAAAAUACAACACAAUUACAAAAAAGCUGCAAACAUUGAUUUACAAGACCAGCUGGAUUUGAAGUGUCACGUAGAAUUAUAGGCGCAAGUAAUGCCAAGUUUUUACUCUAAACAAACUCCAUGCAGAUGUGACGUGUUUUUCUGAUUAUUCAAUCACGAUUUUGGGAGAGAUGGAUAAGCUACGUGUAGUGGUAACCGUUCAUCAGAACGGCCUUGUAAUUAUAGCGUCUGACCGAAUAGAUAAGUCAACAACUUUACCAAAGUUUUUAAAAAUCGUGGAAGGAUCUGGAUGGUAAGGUUUGCUAUUGUGUGCAGUCAACUUUUGUAAUUAUCCACAUGUACCCACAAACUUGUGCGCCAACUGAACUGGUGGAAAGAUUUGGGUGGUACGGUUUUCUGU